UGACUACCUGUAACAGGAAAUAAAAGACCAGAGCUGCAGCUUUCUUACUUUUUGCACAGCAGCUCGAUAAGUGGACCGGGCGGAAAAAUCGAUUUUCAGUCAAAACAACAAUAAUUCAGUCAAUGGCUUGCCAAUUCUACAGUUUCAAAGUAUUUGCUGAUAACAUCCAUGAUGUAGAUAGGUCUACCCUUCCUCUAUCUCAGGCAGAAUUCAGAAGUAGCUGCUGCUCCAAUUCAGAGAGUAGCAUCAACACAACUAAAUUUAACGAGGGUAAAAGAGGCAAAGGAGUUGUUAAAUUCCUAUGAGUCAGUUAGUAAGAAGCUGUGGUGAUGUUCCUCUCUCUGAAAGAGUUUUUAAGAGUACUUGUACUACAGCACCUUUUAUCAUGUCUCACCUUUAUUGCGUAAGUUGUCCAGAUAUGAAACCUCAAAGGCCUGAGUUCUAUAAGCAGUGGGAUGAUGAUGCUAUGUCUAGAGCAAUGAAAGCUGUGCUGGAAACUGGAAUGUCUGUACGUAGAGCUGCUACUGAGUAUAAUGUUCCCAAGUCAACUCUAAAUGACAGAAUACAGGGAAAAGUUAUUCAUGGUUGUCGUAGUGGUCCAUCGCGAUACUUAACUGAGGCAGAGGAAGAAGAACUUCUUCGUUUUUUGAUAAGAAGUGCUUCGAUUGGGUAUCCCAAGUCUAGGAAUGCUGUCAUUGCCCUUGUACAACGAGCCUGUAACAAUAAAGGGUUGUCUGUAACUGUUACUCAUGGGUGGUGGGAGGGUUUUUGCCGAAGAAAUCCAUCAAUUGUUUUGCGAGCUCCUGCACAGUUGUGUUUAGCAAGAGCUAAAGCAUCGGAUCCUGAAGUUUUUGAGCACUAUUUUGAUCUACUUGAAAGUACACUCACUGAAUAUGAUAUUAGUGAUAAACCAAUGCAGAUCUUCAACAUGGACGAAACAGGUGUUCCAUUGAGUCCUGAUUUGCCAAAAGGUGUGUUUAAAAAAGGGUCGAAAGCUGUUGCUGUAACAUCAGGUGAUAAAUCUCAACUGACUGUUGUAGCUUGUGUCAGUGCUGGUGGUUUUUGCAUCCCUCCUAUGGUCAUUCUUGAUCGCAAAACUUUACAUCCAGAUAUGACAAUUGGUGAGCUGCCUGGAACAACAUAUGGGCUUUCUUCCAAAGGGUGGAUUGAUUCUGAAUUGUUUAAUAUGUGGUUCAAUGGUCAUUUUUUGCGUUACGCUCCUCCAGUUAGGCCGUUACUUCUUUUAAUGGAUGGGCACUCAACUCACUUUUGUCCCGAGACAAUAAGGUUGGCAUCAGAACAAGAUGUUGUCAUUUUUACACUGCCUCCCAAUACUACCCAUUUAGCACAACCUCUGGACAAAGGUUGCUUCGGCCCCUUAAAAGCUGAAUGGAAGAAGGUAUGUCACGAGCAUCUUGUAAAGGAGGGACGAGUUGUUACACGUUACUCUUUUUCGAAAUUAUUUGGUCAAGCUUGGAUGCGCUCCAUGACAAUUAAAAAUAUAAUCGCAGGAUUUCGUGUAACUGGUGUUUAUCCCUUAGACCGAUCCAAAUUAUUGGGUAAAGAUGAAGAAGAUGUUUCAAAAGUAAUACCUUUUAAUCCUAUGAUAAGCCGUUCACCUUAUCCAAAGAAGGUACGUGCCUGCACCUCUGAUGAAGCUAAUGAGGAUUUUGUGAAAGAAUCGGUUAAGAAAUCUAAGGAAGAAGCUGAUAAGAAAUGAAAGGAAGGCUUUGGUACUUAUACAUGUAGCCUUGACCCUGAUGGAGAUGAUUCAGAUGAUCAUGUUAUGAUGGCUAAACAGACGAGUCACCCUCUUAAAGCUGCUUUGGAACAUCCAUCACCAAUGCCUAAGGUUAAUCCUCAUGUACAAAGCAAUGCUAAGUCGUCACGUGUAUUAACUAGUGCUCAAAAUCUUAAGAUCCUCAAUGAGAAGCAGCAGUUAAAGGAGCAAAAAAUAAAACUAAAGGAAGAGAAGCAGAGAUUGCGAGCAGAAAAGGCCAGACAGAAAGAAGAAAAGCAGAAAGAUAAGUCAGUGCAAAGGAGGUGUACUAAGAAAACUAUUGAAACAGAAGAUACUUUUACAGAAGAAAUUGAUGGUGAAGAAAUACAUGUUGAAUCUGAUGUUGAUCAAUCUGUUUUUAGUGAUACUGUUAUUGAAGGAGAUAUUGAGAAAGAAGAAGAUAUAGGAGCUACUACCAAUUUAAGUGAAAUGAAGUCAAUCCCUGAAACAAGUGGUGUUAUGACUAGAGGAAGGAAAGCAUUGCUUACUGAUGGUACUGAAAGAACUGUUAAGAUAAAAGGUGUUGCAGUGGGGAAAAAGGAAGUACUUUCUGGGAAAAAGGGAGAAACUUAAAAGAAAGCAAAAGAAAAGGUCCCAGUAGUGACAAGAGGAAAAACAAAAAAGGAUAUUCUUAUGGAAAAAGCAGCUGAUAGAGUAACUACUACAGGAAGGAAGCCGCUCCCUAAACCAUCGAGAUCUGAUGUAGAAGAUCAUGUAUAUACCAUUGAAAGUGAAGGCAGUACUGAUGAAGAAGAUGACUGGUGGAUCAAAGAUCUUGGUUUAAAGCAGGAUGAUUACUGGGUGCUGAAGGAUGGAGGACACUUGUCAGAUAGGGUUAUUAAUGCUUCACAACUGAUGUUAAAGGAACAAUAUAAAGUUGAGGGACUUCAGAGUACUUUGUGUGGGGAAAAUUUGAGUUUUAGACCUCCAUGUAAAUCUGAUGCUUGUAUUGUUCAAAUUUUGCAUACAGGUAGAUAUUAAAAACUAUUUUAAAAUAUUUUAUUGCCUUAGGUAAUUCACACUG